CAGACAAAGGCGAAUCAGUUUUUGCCCUGAAAUGAAAUCAAAUUAGGGCAAGGUAGCGGUCGAGUCUGACAUCGUCCUGUUUCGCUGCUUCAUUUCUGGUGGCGGGGAUUGAAGGGAACAGCUGCGAGACGCGAACACUGUCAGUUUAGUUGAAUAAAUGCUGCGGUGCACGGAGGCCCCGCACGCGCAGAAUCAGAAUGUCCCAUUAUACAGAUGAGCCUCGCUUUACCAUCGAGCAGAUUGACUUGCUGCAGCGUCUGCGCAGGAGUGGCAUGAUGAAGCAAGAGAUCUUGCACGCCAUAGACACUCUCGACCGGCUGGACCGUGAGCACGUCGAGAAGUUCGGCCAUCGGCACGCCAAUGGCGGAAACGGGGCAGGGGCCGUCGCCAGCAACGGUAGCAACGCCACCACCUCUUCCAACUCCUGCACUACCUCCUCUAACAACCUCACAGCCUCUUCUUCAACGACCUCUACGGCCACACAGACCGGUUACCGUGGUAGCGGCCUCUCCCCCUCCCCUAGCAACAGCUACGACACCUCUCCGCCCCCGGCGGUCCCCACUCCGAUGCAGGUAGUAGUGUCUAUGGUCCAAAACGGACGGGACGUCCUCGCUGCUAUGCCCAAUGGGAAGCUGUCUCCGCCCCGUUACGCAGUAAGUAACUCCUCCACACGGGCCCACGGGUUCGAGCACACUGAUGAGGAGGUGGACAUCGAUGACAAAGUCGAGGAGCUUAUGAGGUCAGUGAGAAACACUUGGCUACGAGAGCGCCGUUCGGCUGUUGUUUUUCAUUACAUGUGCUUAGUUGUACGCCACCCAAUCUCUCUCUCUCUCUCUCUCUCUCUCUCUCUCUCUCUUGUUUGUAGAAUGGACAGUGCUAUAAUUAAAGAAGAGAUUAAAGCUUUCUUGGGGAACCGGCGAAUAUCACAGGCUGUAGUUGCCCAAGUUACAGGUAUAAGUCAAAGCCGGAUCUCUCAUUGGCUGCUUCAGCAGGGUUCAGACCUCAGUGAGCAGAAGAAAAGAGCUUUCUACCGCUGGUACCAACUGGAGAAAACUACACCCGGUGCAACAUUAGCGAUGCGGCCCACCCCAAUGGCCCUGGAGGAUGUGGUGGAGUGGCGUCAAACUCCCCCUCCUAUCAGCAGCACGCAGGGCAGCUUUCGCCUGAGACGCGGCAGUCGCUUCACAUGGAGGAAAGAAUGUCUGGCGGUGAUGGAGAGUUAUUUCAACGACAACCAGUAUCCCGAUGAAGCCAAACGAGAAGAAAUUGCCAACGCCUGCAAUGCAGUUAUACAAAAACCAGGGAAAAAGCUUUCAGAUCUCGAGCGGGUCACGUCACUGAAAGUUUACAACUGGUUUGCCAACAGACGGAAGGAAAUCAAGAGAAGAGCCAACAUAGAAAUAUUUCAGGAAGCUCAGUUCCACAUGUCGUGCAUGAGCUCAGAUAUGUUAUGGCGAGGUCUGUUUUUUUCGAAGAAGCAGCAAUCCUGGAAAGUCAUGGGAUUGAUGUCCAGAGCCCAGGAGGUCAUUCCAACAGCGAUGAGAUUGAUGGCAAUGACUACGGCGAGCAGGUCGCUGCUGACCAGGUUUUGGGAAUGGAUGACACCGCCGGCCCAGGUGAACACCAAGACCCUAUAGCUUUGGCUGUGGAGAUGGCCGCUGUCAAUCACAGCAUCCUGGCGCUGGCGAGGCAGGGCGGAGCCACAGGCGACAUUAAAACAGAGGUGCUGGAUGACGAAUGAGAAUUUUCCCUCACGGGUGCCACGCGUAAAGGAAGCCGAAGGAGAAAUGUGGGGUUACGAGAUUAAAAACAGUUGCGUGAACUGUGAUCACAGAGGAUUAUGGCCAGGUCACGGGUGACCAAAGUGAAAUGCAGAGGUUGUAAAGACUGUUAACCCAACAUUCCCCUCUUCCAGCUCCCUCGUACAUGUGACGCCUCAAUAGUGUUUUCAUUCUAACAGCUCUCCUAAAUGCAGCAGGUUUAUGACACGUUCACUAAAAACUCAGUUCGUAGAACAUAUCAGCUGUCAUUUCACACUCAGAUAAUGAAUUUCACCUCUUUUUUGGUCUUUCAGGAAGUCUUCUUUGCAGGAUAUAAGAGGUCAGGAUCAUAUUAACUGUUUACUGUCCUCUCGCUCUCUCCAGGGAAAGUGUGUUGGGAAGCGUAUUCUCUCUCACUUGUUAACUUAUUUCUUUUUGAUAUACAGUCGAUGCACGCCUGCAUUUGCUGAAAUUCAUUUCAAGUUUCAGGGUCCAAAAUUAACGGUCAACUUGAGUUUUGCUGUGCAAAAUAAAUCAAACAAAAGUUACCAAUCGCUGCUAACUCUGCCAUAAAAAUGUAGUUUAAAAAUGAUAGUCCAACUCUCGCACAGAAGCGAUGCAGUUAAACAUCAAUUACAAAUAGAAAAAAGCCGAAAAUAAACGAAUAACAAAGUAAUUGGCUUGGGGAAAAAUGAACGAAUCGCCUGACGUUAUAAUUUAGUUCCGAGUCGGAUUUGCGUCACUCCUUGUAAUGCCCGACUAGGUUCAAUUUGCGACACUGUACGCGGUAGACCAAUCACAGCAGACUAGAACAUCUGACCAAUCAGAGCAGAGUAGGAUGACAGAAAGGAGGGGAUUAGACGGAUGAAUCGUCGAACGAAUCAUUCGAGGGUCAGUCAAGAACUGCCUAUUAUUAGAAAAUAAAAGUUUUUUACACCGUGUAUGUACGUAAACUUGUUGUUGGACACUCCUUAAACCAAAGUUGGACCUUAUAAAUCACAAAUGAUUUACUCUUUAAGCAAGUAUUUAAAAUAUCUGAAGUCACUCAUUAUCCUAGCCCCAAUUCGCAGCGUUAGGCUUAUAAUAUUCAUUCAUACCUUGACAUAUUGAUUUAUCACGUAAUGGUAAAUGUAAAGUUACCUGCAAUUGAAUGUUUUGAACACAGAUGGCGACAGAGAGGCUCACGUUAAAGAUUGCAGCUUAAGAUGCGUAUUGAAGUUUGUUUCGACUCGAUUGAACUGUAAUUAUGUAUGGAAAUUCGAGUAAGCUCAAUACAUGAAAUAAAGAGUUCUAUUAAAGGAAAAGCUCACCCAAAAAGGUUGUCAUCGUGUACUCGCCCUCUUGUCAUUACAUCCUGUAUAACUUUCUUUAUUCUGCAGACAUCGAAAGACGAUAUUUUGAAGAAUGUUGGUAACUGAACAGCUUGAAUACUACGGACACAAAACCAAUGAAUGGGGACUACCGUUGUUCGGUUACCAACAUUCUUCAAAGAAUGUGUAAAUGGUGACAGAAGUUUCAUUUUUGGGUGAACUCUCACUCUAUCGCAAAUGUUAUGUAGUAAAAAUAAACUAAAAAUAGUAACAGGCAGUAAAACAUUUUAAAUUCACUCACUACUGGCAAGUUAAUUUUGGACCCUGUUUGUCGCCAUACAAGUUGUAAAGGACUGUUUCUGCAGUAUGACAGCCUGCUGGCUUCAGCAAUCACACACACUGCACUUUUAAGCACUGACAUACGCGGCAUGUAUAUGUUCUUGCCGCAACACGACUGUGCAUCUCCGUGGAGGGACGACUGAAAACUCUACUCGUGAAUAUUGUGCCAUUAUACUUCAGCAUUAGCAGACUAGAGUAUCGGCUUUUCUGCAGGCGCCCUUAAAAGCAAUCAGACAACAGCAGUUUAUUUUAACAUAAAUACAUAACGGAGUGUUUCAUGGAUGGAAAAUGUAGCGUUGGCAAAUUCUUGGUCUCAGCGAACGGGAAAACACUUGACAAUCAGGGUAAUGAUGUUCCAAUACUAAAACCUGCUGGUGUUUGCCUCGCGCUGGGAAAGCGACGAUAGUUAGGUGUGAACAUCCCUUCCACGAGGAUUCUUUUCCAAACUUAAAGUGGAUUUAACCACUCUAAUAAAUAUCCCAUGUGAUUGCUUAUUUUGUGUUAGCUUUGCCAUUUAAAUAUGUCACUUUAGGGGAGGGUUUAUGGUGCUUUGGGCAUAUUUUCUUUCUUUUAUCUGGUACUGUUUCAAAGACAUAAGGAAGUGCAUAGUUUAGGUUAUUUUUCUUGUGCUUCAGAAUUGAAAUAUGGUGCUUGUUUUAAACACACAUCCUCUAACAGAUUUUAAAGUCUUUCCUUUUUGCUUUUUAGAAAGCUGCUUUCCAUUUUAAAUGCACAUCGCUGCAGUCGAAAAUAAGCUGUUUAGAAUCAAAGUAGCUCUCAGACAGACGAAUUUACCUGUGAAAGAAAUAUACGCUGCUUAAAAAAAUUUCUUUUAGAAUGUCUGAAAUAACAUUUUUAAAAUUCAUCAACACAUUCUUGUGGACUGAACGUCUGUUUGUGAGAUCUCAAGCUCACAAAGAACAUAAAUCGGAAUACAUAUUAUCAAUAUUUCUUAGAACCUGUUAAUAUGUUACAAGAGAAAGUGUAAAAUCUGACAACACAAUUUCUGUGAAAAUGAAUUAUCAUUGAUGUGUUUAAGCGCUUACAUUCUCUAAUACAUUGUUCCAACAAAUCUACAUAAAUAUAUCUCGUCUACUUGCGAAAAUCUAUGUAAUAAGGAAAUUGUAUGUUAAGAAAGAUUAUUAUUCAACAGUUAGAACUGUUUCUUGCCUUAGAAACAUUCUGCCAAGCAGAUCUGUCAAAUGAGACUUUAUCAGCUUUGCCUUUUUUUGUAAAAACAAUGUGUUUUUAUUAGAAUCAAAUAGGGAAGGCCUGGGCUAUUUAUCACACUUUUUACUCCAGGUUUUUGUUAGGAUGGGGUUAUUUGUAAAAAACAUGGAAAUUUAACAAAUGAUUAAAUGAUUGUUUUGUCUAACAGAAAAUUUCAUUUAUUACUUGUGUAAAAUAAACAUAAAACUAUUCUUUUUUGAAAAAAAUCUUUUAAAAUUAGGUCCCGUAAGUAAAAAUUGGAGGUAAAAAUGUACCUUCAUUAUACAGUCUAGCCUUAUCAACUAUGUCAUUUUGUCUGUAUUUGAAUUUAAGAAUUUUAAACUGGACGUUUAACACCAACGUAAGCUAUUAUGGUCUCAAAAUCGCACAGUUACUGACGCAGCUUGUGUGACAACUAACCCCAGUCUUCCCUAAUUCACGUGACCAUGACUGAAAGAAAACUGUAUGGAAACUUUUAGUCCUGCUUCCCAUGAAAUUUCUUCCUAAUGAAAGUUUCUCAGUUCAUCAACUUUAAAACGAUUAUAGGCAGACAGUACCCGGUAUUGCAAUCUGCCAAUAUUAAAUUUAGCAGACAAUUUGUAAAUCUUUGCCUAAAACACAAAUGUGUUCCUCAGCCGGCUUUGCCAAACAAAAUAAGUGGGAAAUUUUGUUCGGUAUAUGUAUGUUCUUGCACAGCAAUCAUGUAGUCUUGUAUAUUUUAUUAUAGGAUACAGACAGCCCAACCUUCACCAGUUCCUCAUCGAGUACUUUCUUAGAAACAGUAUUGAGGCACAAUAUAAUGUACAAGUGCCCAGCCAGUUACCCAAUAUUGUUCAUGGAGGUGGUGUUCAUAGAAAUGAAUAUUGGAACAGAAGUUUGUCUUUAAAAGGAGGGAACAGUUUGACUGUGUUUUUAUUCUGUCCAUGUUCAAUAUGUGAAUAUAUAAAAUAUAUAUAAAUAUAUUCUAUGAGUAUAAAAAAUGAAACUAUAUCACUGUUGUAUUAACUUGAAAUAGUCUAAUCAUUUAUCUCUUAUUACUGAAUUUAGUGCCUUUUUUGGACAGUAGACUGUUCUGUAAUUAAUAUGUAGUAUAAAAUACAUAUGCUUUGUUACUUUUUUAAGUUUUGUUUGGACACUUUUGUUUGUUUCCAACGUUUGUUUUUACGUUGUUUUUAUUUUAUUCUAGAGAAUAAAC